UGGGAUCUCCGCCUUGUGUGCUUGAAGGGAAUCCCGGAAGCUGGGCCGAAAUUGGACCUGAGGGACUCUGUCCAAGCUCGGGUGUCAGAUGAGAAAACGUGGGCUCUGAAGGCCUGGAGAGAGGAAGCACGGAGUGAUCGUAGGAUCCCCGGUCUCUCUGCUGCAAGGGCUAGAGGUGGCCCGUGAUGGACCUCCUAAGACUCUCCCGGCUCUGUGCUGGUCCCCACCCCAUAGGACUGUCUGUCCUUCAACACCUGGAUCUUCUUGGAUCUACCCGAUGGACAGGAGGCAGGGAGGGCCCUGCACGCCUGAGGGCUGCCUUCUGCAGCUCUGCCUCCCACCUGCCCCUGGGCCGAGGGAGUCAGAAGAAAAUGAGCACCCUCUGCUCCGACUCCAGUAAGCCCAGCACUGUGGCUCCUCAGGAGGAGGAGGAGGAAGAGAGCUUCGGGACCCUCUCUGACAAAUUCUCCUCCCGGAGACUAUUCCACAAAUCAACAGCCCAGCUCUAUAACCUGCAGCUCAAGGAGCAGGGUGUUGAGGAGGAAGAAUGGGAGCCCAAACGGUGGCGGGGCCGGAAGAACACACCCUACUGGUACUUCUUUCAGUGCAAGCGUCUGAUCAAGGAUGGAAAGCUCGCAGAGGCCCUGGAUCUGUUUGAGAGGCAGAUGCUGAAGGAGGAGCGCUUGCAGCCUCUGGAGUGCAACUACACGGUGCUGAUUGGGGGCUGUGGGCGCGUCGGGUACCUGAAGAAGGCCUUCCGGCUCUUCAAUGAUAUGAAGAAGAGAGACCUGGAGCCCUCGGACGCCACAUACACAGCUCUGUUCAAUGUCUGUGCGGAGUCCCCCUGGCAGGACUCUGCCCUGCAGAGUGCGCUGAAGCUUCGACAGCAGCUCCGGGCCAAAAACUUCCAGCUCAACCUGAAAACGUAUCAUGCCCUGCUGAAGGUGGCGGCCAAGUGUGCAGACCUCAGGAUGUGCCUGGAUGUCUUCAAGGAAAUCAUCCAAAGCGGGCAUGCAGUCACAGAGGAGACCUUCUGUUUUCUGCUCAUGGGCUGCAUCCAGGACAAGAAGACAGGCUUCCGGCAAGCCAUGCAGGUGUGGCGGCAGAUGCUGAGGCUGGGGAUCAAGCCAAGUAGGCAUGGCUACAAUCUCCUGUUGGGGGCAGCGCGAGACUGUGGUCUGGGGGACCCAGAGGUGGCCUCCAGGCUGCUCCUGACGUCCCAGGAAGAGACCAUCCUGCUCCCGGCCCCAACAGGCAGGCAUCUGGCAGGGAGGAAAGUCCAGGCCAAGGCAGGGCCUGGUGUGUCAGUCAGACAUGUGGAAGCACUGGAGAGGCAGCUGUUUCUGGAAGCUUCUCAGAAACUUGAGGGGCCACCAGCCUUUCCUGAGGCCAGGGUACCAAGCAGCACCCAGCCUGAGGCAGAAACUGAGGCAGAACCUGGCCACAUAGUAGCCCUUCCCCCACCGGCCCUGAAACCUCCCCACUUGGAGCUGGAAGUCAAUCUCCUGAGUGUUGGGACUCUGUCCCCCGCUGUGGUCUCCUUUGGGACAGUGGCCACACCUGCUGAUAGACUGGCUUUGAUGGGGGGCCUGGAAGGUUUCCUGGGCAAGAUGGCAGAGCACGGGCUCCAGCCAGACAUCAAAACCCUCACUCUACUGGCUGAGGUGGUGGAACCUGGGACCCCCGCAGAGUCCUCGCUGCUGUCCAUCCUGGACAAACAUAGGGUGGAGGCUGAUGUAACCUUCUUCAACACGCUGAUAAGGAAGAAGAGCAAGCUGGGAGACCUGGAGGGCGCCAAGGCACUGUUGCCAAUCCUGGCAAAGAAGGGAAUUGUCCCCAAUCUGCGGACUUUCUGCAAUCUGGCCAUUGGGUGCCAUCGCCCCAGGGAUGGUAUGCAGCUGCUUGCAGACAUGAAGAAGUCCCAGAUGACCCCUAACGUUCACAUCUACAGCACCCUUAUCAACGCAGCCCUCAAGAAGCUGGACUACACCUAUCUCAUCAACAUCCUCAAGGACAUGAGGCAGAACAGCGUCCCAGUAAACGAAGUGGUCAUCCGCCAGCUGGAGUUUGCAGCCGAGUACCCCCCCACCUUUGACCGGUACAAAGGGAAAAACACCUACUUGGAGAAGAUUGAUGGCUUCCGAGCUUAUUACAAGCAGUGGCUGAAAGUGAUGCCCGCACAGGAAGCCCCCCACCCGUGGCAGGAGUUCCAGAACAAGCCUGCUGGGGACCAAGACACCAGUGAGAAUGCUGGAGGCCUUGGGGACAGAUGACGGGGCAUGCUGCUACGACAGGUACCCAGCCUUCACAUGGCUGGUGGAGCUCAGGGUCCCUUCAACCUCACAAGCCAAGAAUAGCACUUUACAGGCAAAUGAUGGGCUCAGGGUGCCCAGAUCAAGGCAGGCCCCACAUCAGGCCACAAGACAUCCUGACAAACAAUCGUGGUCACACAGCAUCUAUGGCACAGAGCCUAAGCUCACAGCCUGCUGUUCUGAACGAAAGAAUGAGCGAAGAGGUCUAAAAGCUUUAUUUUUACAGCUCUUAGCUGGUGAACACUAAAGCAGUAGAGCUCAUGCUUCCCCUGGGUCUUUUCUCUGAGCACCACUCAGAGAAGAGUUGCUUCAGGAGGCAGUGGCCCAAUAAGCAUGAGCCCAAGGUCCAAAGUCCAGGAUGCAGGAGUCAAGAGUGUCAGCCAGAGCAACCCCGGCAGCCACAGUGUGUGCACUCGAUGAUGCGACCCUGUAACAGAAGAACAUCUGAAGAACAUUUGAAUACAUAGCCCUGCACACUCCUACAGGAACCUGCUCAACGGAGUGCUUGUGAGUACUCUCUUGCAGACAGAGCAUCUUUAUUAAGACAGUUCUACUUGGGCAUUUCAGCUCCUUUGUGAAAUAGAACAGUCACUACCAGGCGGAAGUUAAUCUGUGUGUAUUGCUAUACCAAGACACACUCACCAAAAAGAAUGGCGGGCCUGCUACUGCCAAGGGACUAAAGUUAGACUUCUUGAGGCCAUUGGGCCAAAGGUUUGCACUUUAGUUUCUGUGGCUGGCUGGGGGCUGGGGAGGCUGGAGCAAUGCUGUCUUUACCUCCUUUCUGGAGACAAUGAACCCACUCUAAACUAUAAAUAAAGUUCUCUGGUAAAGCCCUGUUA